GGAUUAAAGCUCCAACUUUUCCCUGCAAACCAAAAAAAAAAAUUGAAAAAUAAAAGGGGAAAAGAUCCACAUCGGUAUUCACAACCGCCGGAGGCGCCGUCGUUUGAAACGCCGGCGUUUCCGCCAAUCGAACCGAACAUUUACAGUAAAAGCAUCUAAAAACCAUGAAGCGAGGCUUCAGCUUUUCUGUAACCGUUGUCAUCUCGGCCAUCGUUUUUAUUUACUAUUGUACGGUCUUCAUUUUCAUUGAUCGCUGGCUUGGUCUAAUGACCUCCCCUGGCAUCAUGAACGCCGUCUCUUUUACCUGUGUUGCCGUCAUGUGUGUGUUGAAUUACGCCUUUGCCAUCUUCGCGGAUCCGGGUCGGGUUCCGUCUUCGUUCAUGCCCGAUAUUGAAGAUCCAGGAGUUCCUAUCCAUGAGAUAAAACGCAAGGGAGGGGAUUUGAGAUUUUGCCAAAAGUGUUCUUGUUUUAAGCCUCCUCGUGCACAUCACUGUCGUGUUUGCAAAAGAUGCAUUCUGAAAAUGGAUCACCAUUGCAUUUGGAUAAAUAAUUGUGUCGGCCAUGCCAACUACAAGGUUUUCUUCGUCUUUGUUGUAUAUGCCGUGAUUGCUUGCCUCUAUUCCCUGGUAUUACUUGUGGGGAGCUUAACUAAUGAUUCCCAUAAUGAUAAGCAGCAAACUGCAGACUCUUUCAGAAUCGCAUAUGUUAUUUCUGGACUGUUGCUAGUCCCCUUAAGUAUUGCUUUAAGUGUUCUCCUGGGUUGGCAUAUUUACCUUAUUUUGCAAAAUAAGACAACCAUUGAGUAUCAUGAAGGGGUGAGAGCUAUGUGGUUUGCAGAGAAAGGAGGGAAUGUCUAUAAACAUCCAUAUGAUCUUGGUGCCUUUGAAAAUCUAACAACGGUAUUGGGUCCUAGUAUCUUCUGCUGGAUAUGCCCCAUAUCAAGACACAUAGGUAAUGGUCUUCGUUUUCGCACAGCUUACGAUAUAAUAUCUGCUUCAUCAACGUCAAAAUGAAGUUUCAAUUUCGUUUUUUCUACAUUGCCUUGACGAUAUAAUAUCUGCUUGAGGGAUCGGUAUAUACUUACCUUGUGAUCACAUCUGGUAGUCCCCUUUUAAGUUAUCCUAGCAUGUAUUCUGUCAUGUUUUGGAACUCCUUGGAAAAGAAAAAAAAAGGAAAUAGGAAAAGACCAUCACGUAAGUCUUGAAACUGUUGCUACAAGCAAUAAUCGUCGAAGAUGUGAAAAAACUGUCAGCUAACCGGGCAAAGCAGUCGAAUUAGAAAUAGGAACGGUGUGGUGUUACUUAUUUUUCCCUCUUUAACUCUUUCCCUUUUCUUGAGCAUAUGGUUUGUGGGUGGUUUACUGGUAGGUAUUGUAAUUUGACAUCUUGUCCAUAAAGAGGGCAUCAUUGUAGAAGUGAUCAUGCUAAUCAAGACAACAAAUUGUAUCAAUCAUGUAAAAGAAACUGUAAAAUCCUUUUCAGCUCUAUAACUCAAAUAAAAGUUUCUUUAAGGUAUUUGUUUUCCCUUUU